AUGAAGGCCUCUAUUGCGCUCUCUGUUUCGGCUCUCGCUGCUGGUGCGCUGGCUGCUCCCCGUAAUUUCACCACUAUCCAGCCUACCGGAUACUUUGAUCCCGCUGCUGCUACCGCGGUUCAGACCACUUAUCCCAAAUAUCACCACACCGUGAAGGGCCGUCUUGUUGACCACAUGUGGCACAUCGUUUUGGACAGCGCCGACUUCGACGACGCUGCUGCCAACGAGGAUUUGCAGGCUCUCGCCAAGGAGGGUAUCCUUUUGACCAACUACUACGCCCUCACUCACCCUGCCCAGCCCAACUACUUGGGUAUGGUUGGUGGUGAUACCUUUGGCCUCACGAAUGACUCUUUUGUCGCUCUCCCCAAGAACAUUUCCACUCUUGCUGAGUGCUUCGAGGACCAGCGUGUCAUGUGGGCUCAGUACACUGAGGACCAGCCUUUCACCGCCUACGACGGCUGGGAGUACCGCACUCCCGGCACUCCCGACGACUCUCCUGCUCAGUACUCUCGUGCUAAGAACCCCUUCGUUGCUUUCGACUCCGUCAUGUCGUCGGUCAAACGUUUCGUCAACUUGAAGUCUCUCAAGAGCUUCUACAACGAGCAAGAGUCUGGCCAUAUUGCUCAGUGGCUCAUGAUCCGACCUAACACCAUCAACGAUGGUUCCAACAGCAACCUCUCUACUGCUGCCAAGUGGGCCCGUGACUUCCUUGAGCCUUACAUCUCUUCGAAGAAGGAGUACCACCGCAAGCUGUUCGUCCUCACCUUUGCUCACGCUGCCACUGAGGAUGCCCCUAACCGGGUCUACACCUUGCUGCUCGGUGAUAUUCCCAAGAAGCACCGUGGUACCACCGACUCCAUGUACUACGAUCACUACUCGAUCGCCUCGACCACUGUUGCUAACUAUGAUCUUCCUACCCUUGGUCGUCAUGACUGCCGUUCCAACGUUUUCGCGCUUGUCAACAAGAAGUGCCACUUCCACAAUACGAACCGCACCAUCGAUCCUAGCGAUAAUUACAACUCCCAGCGCAACACUGGGUGGCUCUCCUCUACUGAGGUUCCUUUGCCCAUCCCCAACCUGAACUGCAAGGGUGCCGGUCGCAAGUACGUCCCCACUAAGGUCAAGAAGACCUGGAGAAAGGCUUCUUACAGCUACUACCAGUGGGUCGUCAACUACUAA